AGAUUGUCCAACAGAAUGGAAUGGCACAACUGGGCUGAACUACCCAGCACAUUUAGCAGCAAGAUGAGAAAACUCACAGCAAACAACAGAGUUUUUCUCUCCCACAUGGCAUGUCACCCUUGUGAGGUUAAGCUAUAUAUAAUUAGCCCAAGACAAGCUCCCAUUUCAAGUAGUUUCUCAUUCCCAUUCUGUCCUCCUCAACAAGAUUCAUCCCAAUUGGCCACUCGCUUGAAGUCCAGUCCCUCCUCUGAUUUGUGCCAUGGAUGGACUGUGCUUAGGUGGAAUUGGAGGUGGCGAAAACGGAAGGAUCGGCCGAGGGCAGCUCGAGGACAAUGACGACGACGACGACACUCAGUACAAGUCCAAGAACCUGGAAGCCGAGAGGCGGAGGCGAUUAAAGCUGAGCCAGAGGCUCCUGACGCUGCGCUCAUUAGUCCCGAAAAUCACAAAUAUGAACAUGGCAACAAUUAUAGAUGAUGCAGUGACUUACAUAGUGGAUCUGCAGAAGAAUGUGAAGGCCCUGAGCGACCAACUUCUCGAAACGGAGGCACCGUGUGAAGACGGGCCAAAGGCAUCGGUCGAUGAGAUUGACACGGCCCAAGAGAUGGAAGCGAAUGGUGUCAAGCCAGAUGUUCAGGUGACCAGCAUCGACGAACAUAAGCUGUGGAUUAAGAUCAUAAUCCCGAAGAAAAAGAGCAGAUUCACCAAGUUGUUGGAGACGCUGAGCGUUUGCGGCUUCGAACUGACCGAUACCAGUGUCACCGCAUUUAAAGGCGCGAUGCUUAUAUUGUCAUGUGUGGAGGGGGCUUCUGGCGAAAUGCUUAAGGCUUCACGGACCAAAGACUUGCUCCUAGAGAUCAUCAAAGGCAUUUAAUCAGACAAACUUUUCUAACCAGCAAAACAUUUUGAGACAUAAUAAAAUGAGGGACACCUCUCCUAGUUUCUGUUGUCUUCCCUAGAUAAAUUACCCUAUGCAUUUAUGGUUA